AUGCAUCCACUACAAACUUCGAUCUUCCUUCUUGCCCCGCUCUUCGUCUCCGCCGCUCAAUAUUGUAGCCUCAAACCGCCUUCAGAGAUCUCUUCCUCGACCAGCAAAGGUAUCCAGAAUGGUGGUGAUGCUUCGGAUGUAGUUGCUUCUGCCUGGUAUCCUGGCUGGUUGGCUGGAGACUUUCCACCUGCAUCAAUUUCCUGGUCGAGGUACACCGCUAUGACGAUAACUACUCCCGAUCCAACCGCUCUACUGCAACUUGAUUCUAUCAGCGCCCAGACUUUGCCUGAUUUUGUCAAGGAGGCUCACAGUAACGGAGUCGAUGCACUACUAUCUAUUGGUGGCUGGACAGGCUCCCGAUUCUACUCGUCUGCUGUCGCAAGCGAACACAAUCGAACUGCUUUCGUCAAUGCUACACUUGCUCUAGUCUCCCAGUACAAUCUGGAUGGUGUCGACUUCGAUUGGGAAUACCCAGGCAAACAAGGUUUAGGCUGCAAUGUUGUCAACCCCGACGACUCUGCCAACUUCCUUGCCUUCUUACAGGAGCUGCGCGCGACCACUGCUGGAAAGAAUCUCAUUUUAACUGCUGCUGUUGGUAUAACCCCAUUUGUUGGGUCUAAUGGCCAGUCUAUGAAUGAUGUUUCGUCGUUUGCAGAAGUUCUUGACCGUAUUGCCAUCAUGAACUACGAUGUUUGGGGUUCUUGGUCGCCGUCUGUCGGUCCUAAUGCCCCUCUCAACGAUAGUUGCGCCUCAGCCGCCGAUCAGCAAGGCUCUGCCGUAUCAGCAGUCAAGGCCUGGACUACAGCCAACUUUCCUGCGCACCAGAUUGCCUUGGGUUUGGCCGCUUAUGGCCACAGCUUCAAGGUUGCGCCGCAAUCAGCGAUGAACGGUGGAAAUGUGGCUCUUUACCCGUCUUACGACAAGUCUGUACAACCUGUGGGGACUUCCGACUCUCCUUCGGAUAUUUCUGCCGUUGAUCCAUGCGGUAAUUAUGAGGGAAUCAGUGGAAUCUUCACGUUUGCCGGUCUUAUUCAGAGUGGAUUCCUGGACAAGUCGGGGACAGCAGCAUCCGGCAUUCAGUAUACCUUUGACCCGUGCAGCCAAACGCCUUUCGUUUACAAUCAAACAUCCCAAGUCAUGGUAUCGUAUGAUGAUGCCACUUCUUUCGCGGCGAAAGGUCAUUUUAUCAACGACCAGGGCCUGGCUGGGUUUGCUAUAUGGGACGUGACUGGGGAUCAAGACGACAUUCUCCUGGAUUCACUGCAUGAAGCAAUGGGAAUCAUACCUGUUUGCGCAUAG